AUGGCCUCCUUAUCCAUCAUUUCCCCUCCCGCCGUCACUUCCUCCUCUUCCGCCGCCUCCGCCUCCGCCUCCUCGUCUCUCUUCCAUGCCCACCGCCCGACCCUUUCCUUCCGCAAAUCCCACAAACCCUUCUCAAUCAAAGCCCAAUCCGCCCCUGUUCUCACCCAAGACGACCUCAAGAAGCUCGCCGCCGACAAAGCCGUCGAUUACGUGAAAUCCGGCAUGGUCCUCGGCCUCGGAACCGGUUCAACCGCCGCCUUCGUCGUCUCCAAGCUCGGAGAACUUCUCAAGUCCGGCGAAUUGAAGGACAUCGUUGGAAUCCCUACUUCAAAGCGCACAGAGGAGCAGGCCCGAUCCCUAGGGAUCCCUCUCUCCGUCCUCGACGACCACCCCAAGCUCGACCUUGCAAUCGACGGGGCCGAUGAGGUUGACCCGGAUCUCAAUUUGGUCAAGGGCCGCGGCGGGGCCCUGCUGAGGGAAAAAAUGGUGGAAGCCGCUUCGGAUAAGUUCGUGGUGGUCGCCGACGAGACCAAGCUCGUCGACGGUCUCGGCGGGAGUAAGCUGGCGAUGCCCGUGGAAGUUGUGCAGUUCUGCUGGAAGUAUAAUCUGGUGAGAUUGAAGGAGCUGUUCAAUGAAGAAGGCGUGGAGGCGAAAUUGAGAUUGAACGACGAUGGGAAGCCGUAUGUUACUGAUAACUCGAAUUACAUUGUGGAUCUCUACUUCCAGACUCCGAUCAGAGAUGGGUACGCCGCCGGGAAGGAGAUUCUGUCGUUUGAAGGUGUGGUGGAACAUGGGUUGUUCUUGGAUAUGGCGACGGCUGUGAUCAUCGCCGGGACGAGUGGAGUGGAAGUGAAAACCAAGUGA